AUGUGUUGUUGCGUGUGUGGGCUGUUAUUUUUAACCUUAUUUGCUUUAAUUAUGUUAUUAAUACUUAAUGGGAUCAUAAAAUUGAGAUAA